AUGGCUCGUAAAAUCCCAUUCAAGGUGGUGUUUUCCUCAGACGAGGACUCCGACUAUCCCGCCAGUGAGCUGAACAAACAUGACCCGACCGUGCACGGAUGGCGAUCGAACGCGGACAGCAGCGUAAGCCCGAAAGAAAUCGUCCUGCGGUUCUUCAAUCCGGCCCGGAUCGUAAGGAUACAGGUGCUGGCGCAUCAAUAUUACAUCCCCGAACGCAUCGAACUUUGGAUACACUACUCGAGCAAGAGUGCUCCCAGCACACCGUCCAGCCAGAGCUUCGAUUAUAUGGGCUUCGUGGCCCUUUCGGACAAUGCCAGCACAAAUUACACGUCCAGGGAGCUGCAAAGCGUAACGGUGGUCCCGAAGGUUGGCUCCCACUUGAAGCUACGGUUGGGUCCUGCCCAUUUGAAUCAGUUCAACAAGAACAGCCAGGUGGCCCUGCUGGCAAUCAAUAUUCUAGGAGAAGAACUGUCCGCCGAGGAGUUGUCGUCGGUGCAGGGCAAUGCAUCGGCCCUGCUGAACGCCGUUCCUGCCAAUAUUGACACGUUGAACGGUGCGCUGGCUUCCGUUUGCGAUGAUCUGUCGUACUCGAUGUACGUCGAGGAGAGUAUCUGCGAGGUGGUCCGCAGGAUGGAAGUGCUCAAGAUUCAGGCAGUGCAAGACGAACGCUUCGAGUAUGCCCGUAAGCUGAAGCUCUGCAUGGGAGCCCUUCGAACGGCUGGCGAAAGGUUGGGGCGCUAUGCCCUUGCGAAACGGCAGGCGGUCCAGGCGGAAGACUUCACGACCGCACGGCUGCGGAAGGAGCAGAUCGAAAUGUACCGGAAGGCCGUGUUCGACCAGCUGCGCGUUGAGUUGUUACUGCAAAGUGACAAGAGUGUCACGAGUAAUGAUUCCUGCUCGGAGCUGUACGCUUCCAAACCGUCGUUGCCUUCGCCGCCCAGCCUGCAGGAUGUGGCCAGCGCCCUGUCGUCUGACGCUACCCUGCCGCAGGCUCACCACCUCCACACGCAGAUCGCGGCUGCCGACGUGACCGAGUCGACGGCCAGUAACUCGACCACAACGGCGUCCGCUUCCAGCGGUAGCAGCUGCACGGUCAAACCGGAAGGUAGAAACUCCCAACAAAGCUUGGGCCGACCAGAGGAUUACGUCCAAAACUCGCCCCUGCUCAGCCACAAGGGUCGCAGCCCGAUGCGUUCGCCGACGAACACGGGUUCGCUGCGACGGCGCAACAAGAGUGCCCCGCGCAGCAGCUACGAAGAUUACGACGAACGGGCGAUCCCCACACUGGGUUCCCACGCGAACGACUUUCUGCGCGAGUGCCAGGGCACGGCUAUGAUCGAGCAGGAGAGCGGCAGGAUUCGCUGCAAGCUGAACGAUCGUGAACGGCGCCAGGCCGCGCUGCCAAUACUGAUCUUCGGCAUGGAGCUGGUAGAGCUGAUCUACUCGCGCCAGUUUACGGACCGUGAGGAAGGCUUGAUCCGGCUGCGGGGCAUCCUGAAGCAGGAGAUCGAGCCCGAACCCCAGCUGCAGGCGGCUCAGGCCGGCCCGAACAAGAUAUGUCGCGGGGCGACCCUACUACUCCACCGGGGCGUCCGGGAUGCCGUCUUUUCUACCUUCAGCCAGGCAACCGAAACGGUGCGCAGUUUGUUCAUGGAAUUCGUCUCAAAUCGUGUGGCGGGCAGUGAAGUUGCGCGAUCGGUCGAUCGAUUGCUACCGGAACUGCUGUCGAAGAGUGGCGACCCCUCGGCUCGUGUUCACACGCUCGCUCAGCAUACAAUCCUCAGCAUCGCGGCAUGCCCGGAAGUGCGCGAGCAGCACCUCAUCGCACCGGCCCUUUCACGACCGGUCGGCAACGGGACCCAUCCACGGUUGGCGCUAAGCCGUAUGCAGAUGCUGGAGCAGCUGGUGCUGAGUCAAGGAAUCUCGAACGACAAGCAAAGCGGACUCGCCUGUCGCACCCUCUCGGAGGCGGGCUGUUCCGGUAUCCACCAUCCGGCGGAGUCGGUGCGGAAGGUGGCCGAGCGGGUGUUGCUGCUGGUGUACAAAGUGAACCCACGGUUGGUACGCAAACAGCUGCCACCGGACGACGACAUCACGCGGCGCAAUCUCCUCUACCGCCAGUUGUUUGCAGAGUUCGACAAAAUCGAUCUUCAGCGCAAGAAGGAGAUGCUGGAAAACAAACAGUUCUGCGGGCCGGUCUCUUUCUCCGGCAUCUGCUCGCCGCCCAUGUCGAGCAGCUCGAAGAGCUCGCCGCCGGUGGAGGUCCGCAACAAGGGCCACCAACGAUACGACGGACGGACUAUAGUCAGUUUCUCCGACACUCAGACCGGUUGGCAGUCUAGUUUCAGUUCCAUGAAAUUGCAGGACACUCACUCGAGUCCGGUGCGUCGGCUGGACGCAACGACGGCCGGUAUUAUCAAGAGCAAAAGUGGCCAUGCCAUCGGCCAGCAUGGUCAGUGGACGACGGCAACCACGGGGACCAGCACAACGGGAACCGGCGACGAUGGUGGCACCCGGGACAGCAACGGUUCCACGUACUACGACAAACUGGAGGCCGGCAGCGGGGUAGGCCUGUGCAACGGCAAGAAUGCCGGUCGUCAGAAGCUGUCCCAGCACAAGACCAACAUGUACGACAGCACGAUUGGCUUCCUGCCCGGUACCGAGGGUACCGAGAACGGUUCCCGGAAGAGCUCCAACUCGGACUCAUUCGAAGGGAUCGACAGUGAAAUUCGCUGUCCAUUUUGUGACUGGAUUUGUCAGGGAGAUCCUACGCAGCUUGACAAGCACUACUGGAAGGCGUGCCCGGUGCUUACCAAGUGUCCCCAGUGUAGCCAGAUUCUGGAGGUAGCGGCCCUUACCGGCCAUCUCAUUAAUGAAUGUGAGGCCAAAACGAGCUACUUGACUUGCGAAAGGUGCACCGAAUCGGUACACAAGGACCUGUACGAGUAUCAUCUAAUGGAAGAUUUUUGUCGGGAACUAACCACUGGAGCAGCCCGCUGUCCACUUUGCCAUGACGAUGUGCUGCUCCCGCUGGACGGUGGCUGGAAGCGACAUCUGUUGAGCCGCGCUGGAUGCCUCGGCAAUACUCGACGGCGAGUGGUCCCGCAGUGA